CACCACUGACACCACCACCACCACCACCACCACCACCGCCUCGGCAUUUCCUGCGCGCUACUUGCUUUUUCUCGCGCCCGCCUUCAGCAGCACCGCCUCUCCUGGACUGCUGUAGGCAAUGAGAUACCCCAUCCUCUCCACCCUGCCCACCCCAGCAUGCCCAUUUGGCCUUUUAAGAAGCGGCGGCGCGACAGUGUAGCCCUUCAGACAGACACUCGCGCUCAACCUUUGCUGUCGGAGAAACCGGCACCACCAUCAGCACUCCCCACACCACCAGACGACGCGCCAUUACCCUCGCCUUCCUAUCCCUCGCGCCGCACCUCUUCCCCGAUCCCCAUCCCGCGCAAAUCCAGCAAGCGCGGUCGCACACGCGCACUCGAGGACUCGGAGAAGCUAGCGGAGUCGUAUGGGAAAGAGAACGUGGCGCCAGGACCCAUUGCAAUUCCCAGUCAAGACGCCAUCACCGCCCUCCCAAUGACCUACAAAUUGCAGUACAGCCCGCAUUUGCGCCCCGUCGAUCUCGACCGCCCUCACAUCCCCUACGACUUUCGCCCCUACUCCGGCUCCCAGACAAGCGUUCAACCCGACCCGAGCCCCUCCUCUGGCAAGCUGAGGAAGAAGCGGAGCAGUUAUGACUCGGGCACCCCCCAGCGACAUCGCUCAACGCGCUCGCGCAAAGAUGAGCAAUUGCGGGAAGAAGAAAUCCGCGCAAUGAGCGCUCACUCGCCCAUCCCCAAACGACCGGGCGAAGGGCCGCUGCGACGCGACAGCAAGAAGAUGCGCAGUGGCAUGAAAGACUCCCUCGUUUCUCUACCUGCACAUGAAGGGUCGGUACAUGGGAGCCUGCCGAGUAUAAUGGAGCAAAGGGGCUGGGAGAUUGGUGCAUUCAGCAUCUUCAAUCCAAGACCCGCCGUUCGAUUGUCCGGUCUUCCGCAGUACAUUGCGCCUGGCAGCCUACCCGGCUCGCCGCCGCCAGAACUAGCGCGAAGGGCGAAGGACAAGAUGCCUGCGAGCCGCGACUCGGCGAAGAAGCGAGACACGAUUGGUAGUCGCGCUGACGUCCUUGACGCGAGCGACAUUCGAUUGGUCAUGGAGAGGGAUGCAAAGCGGAGGGAGAAGCGGAAGCAAGAUCAGGCAGACGCGCUCGACCGGAAGUUACAGAAGGAAGGACGGAAAAGACGCGAUAGCGACAGGAGGCGUCGAGAGGCUGGAGAUGAAGGACGCGCCAGAGAUAUCAGGACACCACCCACGGAUAUCCAUCCAGCCCUGCGCGAUCAGCCCUCUCGACAUGGGGAAGAGGAAGCUGUGGGACUUGGCAUUGCAGCGGGUGCAGCUGUCGCAGGCGCUGCUCAAGUCGAGCACGACCAUCAUGCGACUGCAGAGGAUGGACCGCAAGAAGACCCAUUCGCAGAUCCAAUCGAUGAAGAUGGCCCUCGUCCAUCCACCGACCACACUGGAACCUACACUCCACUUGAGACUCCAUUGGAAGACCCAGUUGUGGCGACAGCUCAGGAAGUCCGAAUGUCGCAAGCAUACACCCCUCCUCUUUCGCCCGUCCACCGUACCAGGCCUACUUCGAAUGUUGCUGAGAUUGUCGGACAAUCAGAGCCAGAACCUGCGACCGAUGUCCCGCCUCCGGUACCGCCUCAAGACGCUCGCAGGCAAACGCAGCCAAUCCCGAUCCCCGAGCGAAGGACGGGUGGUCUGGCGAGUCUGUUCAAGCGCGGCGGGACAAACAGCAGAAAAGGCUCUCUAGCAAAGACCUCGAUAUCAGAGGCCUCCUUCUCGAAUACUUCUCGCGAGUCGAUGCGAAAUCAGCCUCUGCCGCCUCAUCUCAUCGACACAACGGCGCGAAUGCCGUCAAUGCGUAAGCUGUCUGGCACACCGACCCGCACGCAGAGUAAGUUCCGCGAGGAUCUACCAGAGUUGCCCAUCUCGCCGCCGGACUCGAGAACAGCUUCACCAGAUGUCACAACGGCUGCUGCGGCCGCGGCUGCUGCACGAAGAGGUCACUCCGUCACCCAGCCGAUCGACAUCCGCGCACGACAAAGCAGCACUACAACCACCGGAUCAGAAGCGAUCAGCGGCACCCGCUACGACACGCCCAUCAGCCCGAGCUUGCAACAAGGCACAUCCCUUGCAUCCGUCGACUCCGAAGGCGCCUGGCUCGCCGGUAGCUCCGCAAAACGCGCAAGCAGACAAUCCGGCCUCGGAACCCGACGCCCAGAAUUCUCCAACAGCUACGAAGAACUGGGCACCGACACCGAUGCUCAACACUUCUCCCGCGGCCCCGGAAGUCCUGACACGUUGCGCGGCGCCGCCACCCAAGACGAAAACACACCCAAUCUCGCUGCGAGCACCCCCACCUCCAAUCUCGACUUUUUCGACGCGCCGGAAAACCCGCCUGCCACUGUCCGUACUUCCGCCAUAGCAGACGAUAACAGUGAAGCAGAAGAAACCGGCACGCCGACCGUGCACGAAAACACCGUCCGCCGCCGCCCAACGCUAGUCCACGGCGACCCGCGCUUCAAAUCGCGCGAAGGCCUCCUCACGCACUCCUACACCGGCGCGACGGAAGGCGGCGCGGGAGGCGAGCGCGAGCGCGAAGGCGAAGAGGAGCCCACGAGCGCCACGUCGGCCGGGCGGGGGAGUUUCGAUCUCGACGACUUGGAUUCGGAGCUGGGGACGCCGUUUUCGGAGACGAUGGUUGUGCAGCGCGCGACGAGCGUGCGGGUGCAGCAUGGACGGCAUACGUCGAGUGGGAGUGCGAAGUUGUUUGAUGUUCCGGCUAGGAAUUGAGCGAUUUUCUUGGGUUUGUGUGAUGUUGAUGGCAAGGAUUGGAGGGAUGGUGGAGCUCUUGGGAUGAUAGGAGUGUGAGAGGGCGAAGUGGAACUCCAAUUGGAUAUAAGGACUCUAAAAUGCUAGAGAUAGCCGGGUGUGUGGAUGAAAAGGCAGAAGAACGUGGAUCACGGCCGUGUGCAAUCACCUUCCCCGCAAUGCACUCCUUUCUGCAUUGGACUUUUUUGUAUGUCGUUUGCUUCUAGAUAUACCCACCAUUCUCGCAUUCUCUCUUCCCUUUGUAAUGCUUGCUUUCUCGUUGCAUUCUUCAUGUCAAGUCGGCUGAUAGGGGAAUGGUCUGGAGGAUAAGGACAAAGGCUUGGGAAGGGAGGAGGCGAGAAUUGUCAAGUCACGGGAUAAGAUAUAGUAAGUGACCUAAGACAGGUUGCGGGAAAAUUGCACG